AAGUUCUGGGGGGCCACCGCAGAAUGCCGGCCCCACUUCUGAUAAAGCAUUUGAAGACUGGUUGAAUGACGACUUUGCUUCCUAUCAAAGUGGCCAAGAAAACCGCUAUGUUGGGUUUGGGAACACAGUUACCCCUCCCAAAAAGGAAGAUGACUUCCUGAACAACGCUAUGUCUUCUCUCUACUCGGGCUGGAGUAGUUUUACAACUGGAGCGAGCAAGUUUGCAUCGGCAGCAAAAGAGGGCGCUAGCAAGUUUGGCUCUCAAGCAACUCAAAAG